UUUUAUAAUAAGGUCUUGGCGCAAUUGUAUCGCACGAGCGUUGGUGGUAUAGUGGUGAGCAUAGCUGCCUUCCAAGCAGUUGACCCGGGUUCGAUUCCCGGCCAACGCAAUGAACAUUUUCUCUUGUUGAACAACAAUAUUCACGAUCUAUAGAUUAUUCAAACUCCUCCAACAUCUAUUAAUAGACGCAAAUAUAGCUACGAGUCUACGACACAGUAUCCUCCCGCAGGCAUCACGUUUAAAGAGACUCGCGUCACUUGCGCUGCAGCCCCGCCCUCUGUAAACUCCAGACUGGAGCUCUCUGAAACAGCGGCGAGCAUCACACGAACACAGUCCGCAAUGUCAUCCGAGCAGCUCGCACGGAAACUGCAGCGCAGGCUCGACACUAAACCCGGAUCACCGGAGAGCCCCGAGCACGCACAAGCGAACCACGAGCCGUCGCCAGUGAGAGCUGACAACAUGAACGGCGACGCCACUUCUGAACUCAGCGAAAAACUCAACCGCAGACUGGAUAUUCACGAGGGCACUGCGAAACCUGAACAAAUGAAGGUGUUCAACCCGUACACCGAGUUUAAAGAGUUCUCCCGUAAACAGAUCAAAGACAUGGAGAAAAUGUUCAAGAGAUUUGACUCUGGUAAAGACGGCUUCAUUGAUCUGAUGGAGAUGAAGCUGAUGAUGGAGAAACUAGGAGCCCCGCAGACUCACCUGGGACUGAAAAACAUGAUCAGGGAGGUGGAUGAAGAUUAUGACGGCAAACUGAGCUUCAGAGAGUUCCUGCUGAUCUUCCGGAAGGCCGCAGCGGGUGAGCUGCAGGAGGAGAGCGGCCUCAUGGCUCUUGCUCGGCUUUCAGAGAUUGACGUCUCUAUUGAAGGUGUUCUUGGAGCGAGGGACUUCUUCGAGGCUAAGGUUCAGGCUCUGUCCGUGCACAGUAAGUUUGAGGCGGAGAUACGAGAAGAGCAGGAGGAGAGGAAAAGGAUGGAACUGGAAAGGAAACAACGCAGAGCCGCUUUCAAAGAGCUGCAGUCCACAUUCUGCUCAUAAAUACACACAUACACACAAUCCGACCAGUUACCUUGGUCGGUAGGCCUACAUCUACACCUCUCUAUUUCAUCCACAGAAACACACUGAUUCCUGUGUAUAGCCUACACAAGCGCACAAAUGCACACAUGAACGUGUCCCUGUGUACCUCUUGAAACCACAAGGGAACAAAUAGCAAAUAGUUUUAUUAAUCAAAGUUAUCAUGUAGAAUGCAAGUGAAGUGUAUUUCACUGGUGCAGAGCAGUUUGAGGGGGGGUGUAAUGUAGGUCAAAUAUCUAAAGUAAAAUAUUUGAAUAUUUUUUAGAAACAAAAAGGUUUAUUGUAAAGUUAUUUAGUGGUAGAUGUGAUUUUACACACACAUAUAAAGUUGGUGUUGUGGAGCAAAUAGUCAUUUGGACCAACAGAUCAGUAACAAAGGAAAAACGUGUUCAAAACAUUUUUAUUUUUUUAGAUUUUAAUUUCGCUUUGUAUCAUAUAUUAUAUGGACACAUUUUUAUAGUUGUGUUAGUCAUGUUCAAUUUUUGUUACUCGUGUUUUAUAUUGAUGUGACGUUUGUUUGCUAACUAUAUCACAUAUAAGUACAUUAAAUCACGUGAUUUUUUUUUUAGAAAAAUGUUGUAUUUUGCUUUAACGUCUCCUACUCUUCACUACUAAAACAGUUACAGGUGAUUCUCAGGUAAUUCUUGUGUAUGUCAAUAGGGGGCAGCACUGGAAUGGGCCAACGACAUACAAAUAUCAUUAUUUCUAGCUGACACACAAACUUCUGCAAGAAAACACAUCAUGUAGAAUUAUUCAUUUAUUUGAAUAGUCGUUGUGCUUCAAAUACCAAAAUGAAGGCAUUUAUUUUCCAUCCAAUUGAAUGAAAUCAUGAUUAGUGCAGAAAACUACAUUCCCACAUAAUUCUCUCUGAGUCUUCGACAAUUUCUUUUUUAAUCAUAUAUCUUUAUACAUAAUUCAAUAAAGUGAAAGCAAUCAGUUUUUAUUUUUCUGAUUGACAGUACAUGUGCGAUAUAAUCAUCAAAAGAGUAAAAAUCAUACAGUGUUGUGCUACAAAUAAAGUUGUGCUGAUUCUUUCCUUCUGUUGCAUAGAUUGCAUAUUGCACUGAUAAUGUUGAGAUUUCUUUCCCAGUGUAUUAUCAAAUAUACCGCAUAUACAUAACCAUUAUAUAAUCUGUUUUGUCCCUGUUGAGUAUGGGAUCCCCUUGAAGUCAAGGUUUUGUCAUAUAGGCACAUAUUAGGAGUGUUUAUAAAGGCACAGUUAACCCAAAACUGAAAAUCCUGGCAAGUGAAUAAUGAGAAAUAAUGAGUAUUGUGUUGUAAAGAAAAGAAAAG